GGAAGAAGCACAAUUAAAGGCCUCAUCGAUUUUAAAAAAUGAAUUAUUGGCUGAAGAUGAUUGUCAGAACCCUGGGAAUAAAAUUGAUGUCAUGGUUGAUACAUUGGUAUCAAGAUCUCCUUUGGAUCCAAAUCACACUCACUAUGUUGGAGAUCAAAAAAAAAUAGCAAAAAUGUUAAAAAUUAUGCUGAAUUAUAUAAUCAAGAGGUACCCUGGUAAUCUUGACAAACUAAGAGGGAUAAAGCUAUAUGGAACACAAAUAUAUAAUAACAAAUUUUAUGUAUAUUCAUUAAGCAUGCCUUUUCAUGCGAUAUACUAUUACAAAUUAGAAUAUGAAUUCGAAUGCCCAACAAAUAUAAGAACAUUAUCACGUGAAUUACCUGUAUUUAUACAAAAAUUUUUUGUGAUAAAGUCUAGUAUGACAAGCGUUUUAGCAUAUAUUGAUUACGAAGAAGACAGAAGAAUAAGUAUUGAUCCAAUUAGAGAUUGA